CGCCAGUUGAUAUUUGUUGCUAAUUUGCUAUCCUCAUUGUUGUUAAAUUCCUAUAUCGCAGUAUUCACUUAAUAAAAAUUAUGGGCCAGAUAAUAUAAGUGUCAUUUUACGUUUGAUAAAACAGUAUUACUUGUGUACAUCGUAACUUUGUAUUCUAGUAUCAGUGGAGUGAAAUGAGUGUUUAUCAAGGUUAUUGGAUAUAUAAUUCAUUAUUAUGCUAAAGCUGAUGUCUGUUUCUAUAACUACAUCGCCAGUGCAACAAAAAAGUGAGGAAGCUGAGAAAUUACUAAAACAGCUCUUAGAAUGCGUCCAAGACUGCCAAAAAAGAUUCGGGGGUAAAACGGAGCUUGCUACAGAAUUUGAGUGUUGUGUAGCAGGUCUUUGUGUUACGUUAGAAGCUGUUUUAAAUUUUGGUUUAAAGCAUAAAAGUCCCCACACUCAAAAUUCAUCUACUAUCAAACAAGUGUCUGAAAUUGUUGCCAAUACUUUAAAUAUAGGGAAUGACAGCCCUUCAUUUUGGCCUUUUAUUUACCGUCAUUUGACAAAGCAUGAACAGGAACGUUACAUUGUUUUAAGACACAUCUGGACAGAUCUUGGAAGAGGAAGAGCUUGGAUAAGGUCUACAUUAAAUGAAAGAUCCUUGGAAAGAUAUUUUCACACGCUCUUGAGCAACCCUCUCCAUUUAAGAGAAUUUUACGAAUCCUGGUCUAUUCUUAGAGAUGAAGAAAAAAAUAGUAUGCUGCCUAAUAUGGCAGCAGGUUUGAAUUCUAUAUUAUUUGCUAUAAGUAUUGAUAAACCUGAGUUCAAUAGCGGCGUGACGUUAAGAAAAGAAGUUUAUCGGUGUAAAGCUGAGCCAAUCAUAGAAGCUCCCAUACCUGAUAACAAGGUAAAAGAAAAGCCAAAACGAAAGCGUAAAGUCGCUCGCCAGUUCAUUUCAUUCGAAGACGAUGAUAGUUAUCUAUCGACCAGCAUUCCUUCAAGUUCCAGCAGUACUACUUCAGACUCCACAUCUUUAGGGGAUAGCGGAUGUCCCAAAACUAAACCUAAACACUGCCUAAACCAAAUAGUGGAGGAAAAGUUCAAUAAGUCGCCGAAUAAAAUGGAAGGUACCAAAGAAGAGCAAAAACCUAAAAUGCUUAGAAAGUUGUCUAUUGAAAAUAGUGGUGCUAGGGAUAAAUACUCGACAGCUGUACCUGGUAGUUUGACUCCCGUGACUCAGGAAGAAAUUGGUGAAUUGACGCCCAUUUCAGUUGAAGUUAAUAAAAAUUUCGAAUCUCCCGAUAACUCUGAUGAAAUAUUAGAGCUUCCUACUGAUAUUAGCGCAGUAUUGAGCGCCGUUGAAACUAAAAACAAGGAAGAGAUAGACAAAAGAGAAGAGAAGAUCGAGAUGUUGAUGAAAGAGAAUGAUUCGUUAAAGGACCAAGUCAAGAAGUACCUAAGCGCUAUACAAAUGCUCAGAAAUGACGAUGAUGAGAUUAGUGACAUUCUUGAAGAUCUGGAAAUAGAAGCGCAACCAAAUUAUAAGGUGGAAGCCAAAAUGUUUGAGAAAAAGUUAGUGCAGGUUGCAGAAAUGCACGCAGAACUGAUGGAUUUCAACGUCAUGCUCCAACAAAAUAUAUGCCAAAAAGAAUCGUUAUUGGAAAGACUCAGGGGAGAACUGGAAGUCCUAAGAGGUCCCAUGCCCUCCGAUGAGUUGAAUAGUGAAGGCAACUUUGGUAGUGUGAACAUUUGGAUACCCUCGGCGUUUUUGACAGGUACUGGAUCAAAUUCUCAUCACGUCUAUCAAAUAUUUUUGAGAGCCGGGAACGAUGAGUGGAAUAUUUAUAGGAGAUACGCUCAAUUCCAUGCGUUACAUACGGAUCUGAAGAAACUAGAUCCUGUUGUAGGCACUUUUGAUUUUCCACCAAAGAAAAGUCUUCGGAAAAAGGAUUCUACAUUGGUUGAAGAUAGAAGAAAACGGCUACAAAUAUAUCUUAGGCGAGUUAUAGCUCACUGGCCAGAACUAGCUCAAUGCAAUUGUAGGUUCCUCCUAGAACAGCAUUUAUCAUUUUUUAAGGACCAACGAGAAGACCUCCACCACAAAAACGCUAAUCCUAUACGAAGAAAUACAGCUCCUAAUACCAAUAAUCACUCAGGUCUUUAAUAAUAAUUCCAUUAACUAAUUUUAUAUUUAUUUGAGAUUAUUUGAGAUUAAUUUAAUUAGAGCGAUAAAGUAAUGUUUACAUCAUGUAACUGGAAUAAUUCUAUCUUCGGGGAAGUCCCGAAUAAUUUCUUGUUUUAAUAUAAUCUAUCAGGGAUUUAAAAAGUGAUACUUAAAUCCUUAAACAAUUUCGUAUUGUUUGUUAUAUAAAUUAAAAGAGUUUGUUAAUACCACGGCAAUAUAAUUUGGAAACAUGUUAUUGUUUGAAAACGUAUUUAAAUUAAAAGGAUUAAGUUAUUAUAAAUUAAAAU